AUGCUUCGUUAUAGUGAGUUUCCGCUUCUGCCGUGGGGUUCGACCGGAGACGGAGUGCCAGGCCAACGGCAGCAGUGGCUCGUUACUGCAGAGGGAGAGGGGGAGAGUGGGAGUUAUCAACUGAAUGAGAAUCUCCCAAUCAAGAGUGCAGAGGGUGGGAGGCACGGGGGACGUGUGAGUCAAGGGAAAGAGACACUCAAGAGUGCAGAGGGGGGUGUGCGGGGGACGUGUGCCCAGUGUAGGGAGCAGCUGAAGGAGCUCCAAGAAUGGUUCGCAGGGGUUGAAGCAAGCAAACUGGGCGAUGCGGACAGCGAGGGGCAGCAAGAGGAGGGGGGGCGGGGGAGGAGAGGGUCGACUACUGAUGUAUCACCUAUAAUUCCUCCCUCUCUGAUGUCCACUAACCCUCAUCCGCACUCCUUCCCUCCCUUGCUCGCCUUGGCCGUUGAAGCAAGCAAGCUGGGGGAUCAGGGCAGCGAGGGGCAGCAAGGAGGAGGGGGUUCGACUGAUGUAUCACCUAUAAUUCCUGCCCCACUAACCCUCAUCCGCCCCUCCUUCCCUCCCUUGCUCGGCUUGGCUCUUGGCAGCAAGCUGGGCGAUGCGGGCAGCGAGGGGCAGCCGGGGGGAGGGGGGGGAAGGGGAAGGGGAGGGGGCGGAAGGGGAGGCGCAGGGGGGAGGAGCACAGAGGCGGACGAUGUUAUGGAGCUGCAGAGCCGACUGGUGGAGAAGCAGGCUGAGUUGAAACGGUUGAAGGCGGAAUACGAGGCUCUGCAGAAGCGGCACCAGAAGGUGAACGCGGACAAGGCUGCACUUGAUGUGAAGCUGACCGAGUCGGGGGCGGACUGGGGAAAGAAGGCCAUCACCAAGGAGGCUCUCACCAGGGCAACGGAGCUGCUGCACAGCUGCAAGCCCCAGACAGGCCCUGUAAUUUCCAAGAAGGUUCCCAGCUGGAAGGGUUACUCAUGUUCCGCUACAGAGCGCGAGCUGCAGCGCUACAUGGACUUCGAGACCAGAGGCAUGUGCCCUGACGAUUGGUUGUUCGUCCAAGACCUAAUUUUCCGCAAACAAUGCCACUCACUACCAAAGAGGCCCUGCCUUGCUCGCACGGCACACAAGAUAGUGGAGCCCUUGUCAAGACCAGCCUCUCUCUUUGCUCAAUCCACCCUCCAAGACUCAUCUGUCCGUUGGAACAACCACGCCUUCUCCUCCUUCGCCUCCCUCAACGCCCUCUCCCCCUCCGCCCUCGCCACUGCCACGGCCGGCACGGGGGACGCCUGCGGGCGGCAGCCGGGCGGCGGCGGUUGUUGGAACAUGAGUGCGGAGGAGAGGAGGUGGAUGGUUAAGCCGCCCAAGAACACAGCAGCAGGAGGAGCUCUUACGGUGAAGGAGGUUGUUGCGAUCAAGAAGGGGGCGCUGAGAAUCGGUCUUGAUUUCAACGGGGGGUCAGGCUCGUUCGCUGCGCACAUGGCGAGGCACAACGUGACCAUGAUGACGUCAGCAAUGAAUCUUGAAGCUAAUGUGGGGCGGAAGAAGGGUCUUCCCUUUCUGGAAACCAUUGCCCUGAGGGGCCUUGUUCCCAUCUGGCUUCCCUACAAGGUUCGCCUGCCCUUCUACGACAACACUUUGGACAUUCUUCACGCCACCAACGCAAUCAAGUUUAUGCCAUCGCCUGCUGAAUUUGAGGAGGUUCUAUUCGAGUGGGAUCGCGUGCUGAGAGUCG